AGGUGUGGGGGUUACUGCGAGAGCAUUCGCUAAUCGCCAGUCUGGCAGCAUUUGGUUUGCGGCUGGCAGCGUCACCGUCUUACCUGUCAUAACCACGUAACGUUUUCAGGCAUAGUGUAAGUAGCUGAACUUUUUCAUUCCAUCCAGGGGUUAUAAGUAACAAGUUACAAAGAGAUGUGCCCGCUGCAGGGUGCAGCAGGUUACAUCACCAUGGGAUUGUGGACACUUGGCAUGGGGGCUAUUGGAGCAGCAGUUGCUGGGAUUAUCUUGGCCAACACUGAUCUGUUAUUGUCAAAACCUGAAACUGCAAGCUUGGAGUAUCUAGAAGAGGCAGAUUUAAAAACUGUAGAUGAUGAAGGAAGAAGUUUCAAAGCUAAGGAGCUAUGGCAGAAAAAUGGAGCAGUCAUCAUGGCCGUAAGAAGACCUGGAUGAUUUUUGUGUAGAGAGGAAGCAUCUGAGCUGUCCUCUCUGAAGCCUACACUGGACCAGCUUGGUGUUCCUCUGUACGCUGUUGUGAAAGAGGUGGUUGGGACAGAAGUCAGAGAUUUCCAACCAUAUUUUAAAGGAGAUAUCUUCCUGGAUGAAAAAAAAUAUUUUUAUGGUCCUCACAAGCGCAAGAUGGGCUUUUUAGGACUCCUGCGAUUGUCAGUUUUCCAGAACUUUUUUCGAGCCUGGCAAAAAGGCUUCCAAGGCAACAUGGAUGGAGAGGGGUUCAUUCUUGGUGGGGUUUUUGUAAUAGGAUCAGGGAAACAAGGCAUUCUUCUAGAACAUCGUGAGAAGGAAUUUGGAGACAAAGUAAAUAUCACAUUGGUCACUGAAGCUGCUAGAAUGGUUGACGCCCAAAACUAAAAUAAAGCAUCUAGUGUUGGUCAUUAUAAAAUGCAACUAAUUGUUCCAGUGGUGGGGGGACCUUAAUACCAUUGUUCCCAUAUGACCUAAUCAAUGUGCCCAUUGUGUACAUGUCUUUCCAUAUUAGGGGGCCUCAUUUUCGACUAGUACAUUGUAUUUCUCCAGCAAUAACAGUAAUGGGUAACAUUGUGUAUGAUCAGUAUCUGAAAAACAACUCACUGUUCUAAAUAUAUUGUUUCGUUUUUAUAGGUUAAUGUAAUUUUACUAAAGUUAUAUUUCAGGAAAUUUUCUAUAAUUUGAAAAAAUUCUUAUUUAUUUUUAACACCAAAUAAGUUUGUCUAAAUUUUAUUAGAAAUUUCUUUUAUAAUGAAAUUUUAGCAUGUCUAAUUUAUUGAAGUAGUAUCAUGUUGCCAGUGUAUUUGAAGUUUAUCACAGAAAACAAAAUUAAUUA